CUUAUAAUUGACAGUCUAACAACUUAUCAGGUCCGGUACUCUACUUAAUUUUUUUCAACAUGAACACCAAGUGGAAGCCGGGAAACAAACUCAAAGGCCGUAGUAAUUUCAAGAUGUGGCUUAUGGAACUCACUGUCAUUUUACGAGCCGAAGAUAUAUGUGAUAUAAUACACCACGCAAUGAAGCCCGCCACCAACACCAAUUAUGAACGAGCCUGGAACGACGAAAAAAAUGGAGAGGGUCAACACUACAUAAUCAAUUCUGCACCGCCAGACAUGAUGGCUACUCUGAGUGCAACUAUGACUCCGAAAGAGAUGUUCACAAUGCUAUACCAAAAUUAUGGUCACGUCGGGGAAUGAGGCAAGAUACGGAUGAGACAAGAACUUGGGAAAAUACGACAACAAGACAACGAGAACAUGGAUAAGUGUAAGAUUCGGUCUAAUAAAGGCGAUACCAAUGCCUUAGAAUAAAUAAACGCGUAGAUAAAUUCUAUAUCGUGUAAAUAUCGAUAUAAAUAAACGGAAUGAGACGUUUAAUAAAGUUAGGCUUGCCUCGUGAAAACAGACUCUGAGGGAUUGUGAGGCUGAGACAUUGCCUAUAUAUAAUCCUCUCAGUACUGUUUCCGCCGAAGGGAUUUUAUUUAGUGUUUCGUUGUCGCUCUAUUCUGGGGCGAAUCCGAGAGACUCAUAAAAUCAUAUCUUUAGAAAAAGGAAAUAAAAAUAAAAAUACUCUUGACGUCUUUAGUUAUUGUCUUAACCAAUAACUUGCCACUAUCAAGAAUUACCGACUUAGCCUUCAUCAGACUGGCACAUCUGGUUGGCUGAUCGGAG